AUGGCUUCCAACAGAACUUUUACUUCGCCGGCGCUCACGUUCGAGCUGGUUGCGCGGUGCCCGGUCACUCGCGCGCGCGCCUCGAUUCUGACCCUGCCCCACGGCGCAGUCAACCUUCCUAUCUUUAUGCCCGUGGCUACGCAGGCGUCACUCAAAGGCCUCACACCAGAGCAGCUCGAAGCCACAGGAUGCCGCCUCUGUCUCAACAACACCUAUCACCUCGGCCUCAAGCCCGGCCAGGAGGUCCUUGACGCGGUCGGUGGCGCGCACAAACUCCAAGGAUGGAACCACAAUAUUCUCACAGAUAGCGGCGGGUUCCAGAUGGUCUCCCUCCUGAAACUAGCCAACAUCACCGAAGAAGGCGUGCGCUUCCUGUCGCCGCAUGACGGCAGCCCGAUGCUGCUGACCCCGGAGCACUCGAUGAGCCUGCAAAACUCGAUCGGCUCCGACAUCAUGAUGCAGCUCGAUGACGUGCUUGUCACGACUUCGCCAGACAAGGCGCGCAUGCGCGAGGCUAUGGAGCGCAGCGUACGCUGGUUGGAUCGGUGCAUUGCCGCUCACAAGAACCCAGAUACACAGAAUCUGUUUUGCAUUAUCCAGGGCGGGCUGGAUCUGGAUAUGCGCCGCGAGUGCUGCCGCGAAAUGCUGGCGAGGAAUACGCCAGGGAUUGCCAUUGGGGGGCUGAGCGGUGGUGAGGCAAAAGAUGACUUCUGCAAGGUCGUUGCUGCCUGCACAGAGCUUCUGCCGGACCUGAAACCCAGAUAUGUCAUGGGCAUCGGAUAUCCCGAGGAUUUGGUUGUCAGCGUCGCCCUGGGGGCCGACAUGUUUGACUGCGUCUGGCCCACGCGGACGGCGCGGUUCGGCAAUGCCAUCACUAAGCAUGGCAUGCUCAACAUGAAGAGGGAAAUGUAUGCGGCCGACUUUGGACCCAUCGAGGAAGGCUGCGGGUGCCCCUGCUGCAGACCUACCGAGGAAGAAGGGGCUAUGGGGAUCACGAGGGCGUUUGUCCACCACAAUGCGGCCAAGGAGACUGUGGCGGCACAUCUGCUGACAUUGCACAACGUAUGGUACCAGUUGGAUUUGAUGCGCCAGGCGCGGCAAGCCAUCAUUGAGGACAGAUUCCCGGCGUUUGUGAAGGGCUUCUUUGGGAAUCUAUACCCGGAUAGAAAUAGCUACCCGACAUGGGCUGUGGACGCCUUAAGGGGCGUUGGUAUUGACUUGAUACAAACUUAG